ACUUGACAUUCAAAGGCAGGCAAACGGCCAAUAAAGGCUUGGAAGGAUAGGCGACUGCUCAUAUCACCAUUAAUUUACCAUGGUAGAUUUAUCAUCAUGCAUCCUGUAAAUAGACAACUGCGUUAUAGUUGGCUACAUUUGUAGCUACUGCAGUUUGGCGGAAUCAAGUGAGCACACGAGGAGGGGGAACGCACUUUGUUUUGGGUGGCUGCUCUGGCCGGUUGAUGGGACAAUAUUGCAGCCAAGAAAAAGACAAGGCGUUCACGAUUCAAGUUUGGAUGAACAUCGCAACAGAAGAAGUUCAACUCUCUGUUUCAAGGAGGAUACUGUAACAUGAACUGAACCGUUGAACGUAUACGGUCGAUAUAACCAUCCAAGAUUGAACCGAAUGUUGAGGAAAAACAUGGCUAGCUAGACUUGGCCAGCUGGCUAGAAGUAGCUAGCUAGCUAAAUUAGCUAGCUACGAUUGGGGGUUAGGCUAUUGAGUUGAGAGAUUGUGCUAAAUUUGGACCGUGGUUUUCAAGAUAAUCCAGGUUGCGAUAUUGCUGAGGUACAUUGGAUUCUCCAAUUUUUUGUGUCAUUUGUUGUAUUGGGUUCGUGACGAUUAACUGAGUAAUUUCGAGCACAUUUCUUGUAAGGGUUAAGCAGUCAAGGUAAAGAUGUUUGUGAGAGAGAUGGCAAAGUUGGGCUGUUUGUUAGCAAGCCACCGACCUCAACCCUGACAAGCUAGUCAACCAGUUAUGUCAUUUUGGGUGUUGUCCUUACCACAAAAAAAUAUUGGUCUAAUUUAAGUAGCAUUAAGAAUUUAAGUACUUUUCUUCAUUCAGACACUGUCAUCAUUAGACUACACACGUGGGGGUUAGGGAAGUCAGUCACUGGGAAAGAUAGGAAGGUAUCAAAUUAGGCGAUUUCCAAAUAUGGGUUCAUUGAAAGCUCUUCAAGAAUGGUGUCGGAUACAAUGCGAAAAUUACAACGAUGUGGAAAUAAAGAACAUGUCGACGUCUUUUCGAGAUGGCUUGGCAUUUUGUGCCAUUAUCCAUCGAUAUAGACCGGAUCUUAUAGACUUUAACUCCCUCUCCAAAGAGAAUGUCUACGAAAACAACCGCCUGGCGUUCGAGGUGGCUGAGACGGAGCUGGGAAUCCCAGCCCUGUUGGACCCGGAGGACAUGGUGUCCAUGAAAGUGCCCGACAGGCUGAGCAUCAUCACCUACGUCUCCCAGUACUACAACUUCUUCACCAACAAGUCCCACGCCAACCCCCCCAGCAUGAAGAGGCCAAGUGGUACAGGCCACAUUGAGCCAGCCCAAAAGAAGCCCACGGCCCCCCUGGAGGACAAAAUGGUAGAAUCUGAGCCAAACCCAGAACCCGGGCAGAAGGUGGCGGGAGAGGAGGCCGGGGCGGCGGAGGCCCAGCGCGUCACGCUCAGCAGCACCUGCGCCGCGUGCCGCAAGCACGUCCACCUGGUGCAGAGGUUCCUGGUCGACGGCAGGCUCUACCACCGCAACUGUUUCAGGUGUAGGGAAUGUAGCAGCACCCUACUUCCUGGCUCCUACAAAUCAGGAAAUGAGUCAGGAUCUCUGGUCUGCACGCAUCACUUUGGCAGGGCGGUCUUGACCAAUCAGAACGGCCGACCGGACCUCAGCAAGAAGCCGGUGGUGGUCGAGUCGGCCCGGGUUGGUCCACGCACUCCACCUCAAACUCCACCCUCCGAGAGAGACCAGAUAAAGGUUCCUCCGCAUGAAGAUGUCUCCAAAGACCACUCCACACCAGCCGAUGAGUCCACCACACUGUCUCCUCCUCCUCCAACUGUCCUCACAAACUCGAAGGAGAGCGAGGGGAGCGGAGAAAGCGAGGCCGCCCCUCCGCCCUCCUCUCCUCCCAAUCCUUUCGACGAGAGCGACGAAGAAGAAGGAACGGGGAAGGAGGAGGAGGAGUCUCAAACACCGGCCAACGAAACAGCCAAUGGCAACCUCCCGGCAUCGCCCGUUAGUCAUGUGGGAGGGGCCGGUCGGCCAGUGCCCGCCCCUCGACGUGUUUCGGAGGUGGCCCCCCCUCCUCGGCCAGCCCCCAGGGUCCUCCCACCACGGGUGAUGGACAGCCUGGCAGUCAACGGUGAACACAGGAGAUCUGUCCCGGCUCCCAGACCUCGCGACAGAUCCCACUCCCCUGGACGCUCUAGUCUUUCCAACGACACCCCCAAACCUAAAGACCCACCCUGGUUAGCCCUCGUCCAAUCUGAACCCAAGAAGAAGCCGGCCCCGCCCCCUCCCCCGGGUACAGCCACGCCCCCACACCAAGGCUCUCUCUCCUCUCUCAAAGGGGCGGGCUCCAGGCCGGCCACGCCCCCGGUGCCCGCCAACCCCUUCGAGGAUGACGAGGAGGAGGGGCUGGAAGGGGAGGAAGAGGCGGGGGGAGGGGCGGUGCCGCCCACCAUCGCGGCGAUCCACCCGUGGUACAGCAUCACACAGGGGGCGGAGACAACGGGGGAGGACACGCCCCCUAGCGGAGGUAGCUCCUCCUGCUCAGCCAGCCCCGGGGGGUCCAGGGUUAGGAAGGGCCCAGCGCCACGACCACCUCAGCCCCCUAACUCAAACACAGCUCUUUCUCACUCUCAGCCCUCCUCUUCCUCCCCCUCCCCAGCUAUUAGCGUCGAGAGCUUAUCCUCUGCCUCCGACCACAGCUCCUCCCACCCUCCUCUGAAGGGUGGGGUCAGGGCCGGCGAGGACCACCCCUUCACCAAGAGUGUCUCUGAGCCCUCCAUCUCCGGGCCCUGUGACUCCGCCCCUCCCGCCUCCUCUUCCGAACGCCUGGCCCCGCACCUCUCCACCCCUCCCUCCCUUCCAGCCAACACCAGCUCGGCCCCCGCCACCCCGCAAACCAAUCGGAGCGCAGGGGCCAGAGCAGCCAGGCCGCCGCCCCCGAGGCCCCCCGGCACGGCCAGUCCCCUGGCUGCAUCAGGGAGUCCCGCGGUCCCGCCCCCUCGUAGCAAGCGACCCUGCAAGGAGAACCCCUUCAACAGGAAGGCCUCCCCCUCAGCAUCCACCCCGAAAAGCAGGCCCCCCCGAGGGCCACGGCCGGCCAGACCCCCCGCCCCCGGACACGGCUUCCCCCUCAUCAAACGCAAGGUGCAGUCCGACCAGUACAUCCCAGUGGAGGACAUCCAUGGAGAGAUGGGGGAGCUGGAGAAGCAGCUGGAUGAGCUGGAGCAGAGAGGAGUCGAGCUGGAGAGCAAGCUCAGAGACAACCCCAACGACGAGGAGGAGGAACACCUGCUGGUCGACUGGUUCACCCUCAUCCACGACAAACACCUGCUCGUGAGGAGGGAGGCCGAGCUGGUCUACACGGACAAGCAGCAGAACCUGGAGGAGAGACAAGCAGAUGUGGAGUAUGAGCUCAGGUGUCUCCUGAACAAGCCAGAGAAGGACUGGAGCGAUGAGGACAAGGGGCGGGAGCAGGAGCUGAUGGGCGAGCUAGUCACCAUCAUCGAACAACGGAACCAAAUCAUCAACAACAUGGAUCAGGACAGGCAGAGGGAAGAGGAAGAGGAUAAACUUCUGGCGGCCAUGUUGAAGAAAAAAGACUUCCAGAAGGAUCCGGAAGUAGAGCAGAAGAAGAAAGGGGGGAAGUUUAAACCCAUGAAGGUCCUCAAGAGGCUGAGUCACAAGGGGGAGCCCGGCAAGGGCCCCAGCCCCCACAAGGGCCCCAGCCCCCACAAGGAGAGCUGAAAGAGAGAUGACUUAACGAAGAAAGGAGUACGGAUAGGUAUAGGAAAGGAAGAGGGUGCCUUGCCCCCACCAAACCAACCUUCUCACCCCCCGAGCAAGGACAUGUAUCUUUGUCACAAAAAAAAGACAAGAUGAAGAUA